AAUAUUCUGAGCAAAGUAGUCAUAGAUAAACUUGUAUUCGUUUCCUUUGUACACCAAAAUUUUUGUGUUUAAAUAUUUCCCCUCAAAAGUCUAAAUUUUGGCAUGCGGAAAGCGUACAGUCGCAUAUUUCAGCCUUACAACAAGAACCGCGAGACAGGCGAUGAGGAUGGCACCACCGAGGACUCCCAAAAAAGGGAGUCGGAGACCAUCCUGCCGCAGCCAUCAGUUUUUGGUGAGAUGCCUACCUACUUCCAUGUGGGCGCCAAUGCCAAGGAAUGUCUCCUUCGGGGCUAUAAGAUCGGUGCUUGGCAAAUCCAGUGUAGAUCCGAAGUAGAUGGCCUAACGCUGAGCACCUAUGGAGAGGCCUACCCGAAGGCGUCAGAUAUUUUUGGGGGACUUGAGGCUUACAAGGAAGUUGGUAACGGACAUGUGGCUAUAGCCUGGCUGACAGACAAGCAGAUAUUGGCCAAUGUUGGAUUAAAGAAUCAUUUUUCGGGUGGGCUGUGCUACUCUAACUUAAAAUGUUCUGGUUCCCCCGAAGACAGCUCUGAUUUUAAGUGCCAAUUGAAAACUGGAAUCGAGAGGAAUCCCAUCAAAUUGGAGGUGAUAUUGCCUCUUCACAAUCAGUCCUUUAUAAAGGGCUAUGCCUUGGUGGUUCCCACUGAAAAAUGGAUUCUGGGAUACCGCAUGGUAUACAAUUUGGACGAAAAGGCCUUUGACAAGCAUGCCCUCUGCGUGGGAUUCAAUAACGGUAGCACCGAGUUUGGCUUGAAACUUGAGAACCUCAAAGACCUGCGAGGAUCAAUCUUCCAGCGAAUGGGCGAUAGCUGGGCCUUUGCAUUUAAGAUGAACUCCUACGGCAGCGAAGGACAGGCGAAGUUUGCCUUUGGGGGCCAGUACGAAUUCGAUAAUGGCUCAAUCCUGAAGGCGAAGAUGCGCGACGAUGCCAAUGUGGGAGUCGUAUAUCAGACGAGUUUGGGCGAAAAUAUUGGAGUGCAGUAUCAUUUUGGUUUUGAGGGAAAAAGUCCUUUGGAUGGGGAGCAUAAAAUCGGUGCAUCGUGGAGCUUUAAUUGUUGAAUUACGUCUUUAAGUUAUAGCUUGGAAUUUAUUAUUUGUUGUUUGCUGAAUCCCCUAAAACUUACGUUUAAAGUUGAAACUCUACAAUUAAAAUAUUUGGACUAUUAAA